GGGACAGGGGCCCUGCAGGAAAAGGCACUGCAGCGAGGUGGCGGGCUGCGUGCGCAAACAAGGCAGCUGCCUCUUGGGCCCGGAGAACGGCAAGUGAGAGGCUGCAUCUGAGGGAGCACUAUGGCAGUGUUUCUGGAGGCCAAGAAUGCCCAUUCGGUCCUGAAACGGUUCCCUCGUGCCAAUGAGUUCCUGGAGGAGCUGCGCCAGGGUACCAUCGAGCGGGAGUGCAUGGAGGAGAUCUGCAGCUACGAGGAAGUCAAGGAGGUGUUUGAGGACAAAGAGAAAACGAUGGAGUUCUGGAAGGGGUACCCGAAUGCAGUCUACUCAGUCCGAGACCCUGCACAGAGCUCAGAUGCUAUGUAUGUGGUGGUGCCUCUUCUGGGGGUGGCGUUGCUGGUUGUCAUUGCCUUGUUCAUCAUCUGGAGGUGCCAACUGCAGAAAGCCACCCGUCAUCACCCCUCAUAUGCUCAGAAUCGGUACCUAGCCAGUCGCACCGGGCACAGCCUGCCCCGGGUCAUGGUGUACAGGGGCACUGUGCAUAACCAAGGGGAGUCAUCUGGGCACCGGGAGGCAGGGAGCAACCCACAGAUGGUGCUGGGGCAUACUCGGGGGUGCAGAACCACAGUCCACCUCGAGAGCACCCUCUACCUUCCUGAGUUCUCUCUCUCCAGACUAUCCAGUGCCACUCCUCCCCCAUCCUAUGAGGAGGUGACUGCACCCCAGGAGAGCAGCAGUGAGGAGGCAAGUGUCUCUUACAGCGACCCACCCCCAAAGUAUGAGGAGAUAGUGGCUGCCAACCCUGACUCAGACAAGUAGUGGGACUUGUGUCCUAUCUGGUAUGAAAGCUUCUUUCAGGGUUCUCUUAUUUUCUUUUUAACUUUUUAAAGACUGUGCCACCACAGAACAGCCUUAGCCUCCUUGUUGCCAAAUAAUUUCCUAACUGUGGAUUUGUAGGAAGUUAGUUGUCAGAGACAGGUGUAGGGGGGUAGGGAACACACAUACCCCUGGAAGGAGCCACAGGCCAGAGAGCCCAGCUCUUCCAGAAGCCCCCAUGCCCCACCAUUCUGUCCUGUCAGUGACUGGCUUCUCUUAUGCCAAAGGAAUCACCCCAUGAAGUUGACUAUGGCCAGAAUGUGCAUAGCUUUGGGCCCCAGGGCCAAGCAGCUGACUGGAGACCUAUCUGUGUCUGGAAGCUUAGGCCACAGAAAUGAGGGAGAGAGGACAGCCUUUUAGCACCCUUUCCCCUCAACAUUUCUGUGCUUACUUUCCUGGCUUGCAUUUUGAGGGCAGGAAUAGUACUGAACAAAAACCAAAAAGAAUUAUAACAAACAGAUAAUGAACAUAAUAAAAUAUGACACUGUAACCUAGGCUAUUUAUAGGGGGCCAAGGGAAAUCAACCUCACAGAUCUGUGAUACUUCUCUCCCCCAAUGCCCACCCCACCCUUCUGACCAGGUUAAAAGGAAUAUCUAGAGCAACCUGGAGGAGGACAGGGUGUGUGAAGGAUGAGGUGCAGGGAUGUGCUUAGCAGAACUGUUUCCUCCAGAUUGAAUUUUGCCAUCCUAGAGUGGUAGCUCUGGCUUUGGUGCGCUUAGCCUCUCCCAGGCCUUGGCUCUCCAGACAUGUGUACUGGUUGUGCUAAAACUGCUGCCCACUGGCAUGAACCCAGUCAUAACACUGGGAAAACCUAUAUGGCUGACUGUGCCUGCGGAGUCCAUGGCCUCUGAGUGUUGGUGUACAGGCUGGGGCAGAGAGCUGAAAUUUUCUCCUCAUGAGGUUGAUUGGCCCAUAGCACGAUUAAACUCAUGAACUUGGCCUCUUCAGCACUGUGCUCUCUAGUCUUGAACUUUUGGGAUACUUCCCUUUUAAUGAGUACAUGUGUUGAGUUGAACUUGAACUUUAGAUGGCUCAUUUCUCCUUAACAAUGGUGCCCAUCUGGGGAGAAGCUCCUAAAGUGUCCCUUUUCAGAAAUGUCUUUGCAAGGGAGAUAGGGAAGCCCAUGAUCUGGGGUGGAAGGCCCAUCCAAGAUUAGCCCUGUCAUUGCCAGGUGCUGGUCCAUUUUUAGUAACCCCUUCCUGUGUCCCAGGAGCUGUUCCUUUCCAUUUCAGUGAGUUUUUGGACAGCAGUGGGGCAGAGGUGACCUGUCUUUAACUGUCAGUGACCACACAAAAGACUGUUGACACCAUCUCUCCCACCCUUCCAUCUCUAUCCUCCUGGCCUUGGUGGCAAACCAUUUUUCCUCUGUGGUGCUUUUAAAAAUGUAGCAAAUUUUUGUGGAGCCCAAAAGAGUGCACAGUCAGGGUCUCUUGGCAAUGACAGUAGUUUAAAACCUACUGAGAAGACAAGCUUCUUUCUGUUUAAACAGCUCUCCCAGGCAAUCAUCGGGCCUUCUUGUUUGAAUGCAGCCCUGCCUCGUAGCCACAGAUGACACCUGGAGGUUGCUUUAGUCCUGGACACUUGCCCUGAGACUUGCUUCAAGUCAGAAGGCUUAUGUUCUUACCCCAAUGAGGCCACCAGCUUGGACAACUUCACCCUAUGGCUGGGGUUUUCCACCCUUCCCCCUACCUCACAGGCCUAUUUGGAGGCUGACUAAGCUAAUGUCUGUGCAGAAGGUUUGUCCUUAGGAAGAUUCUUCUAGAAAUGUGUAGGUUAUAGGGGACCAGUGUUAGUGGAGGCUUUCAUAUAUAGUUAGUCUCAGUCUGGGGAGUCAGUCUCCUGCCAGUUGACACUUUCUGUCCCCUUUCCCCUUCCCUGAGAGCUUCCCUGAUGCCAGAGGUGCUGACCAGGUGGCAUUUCAACUUUCCUUCCUCUUUUCCUCCCUCUUGGUCUCUAGCACUAUACUCCUCUCCUUCCUCAUGAAGGCAUUUUUUGGCCUAGAAAGCCCCUGCUUUUUCCAUAAUGGAGGCUGAAGUCAAUCUUAUUUGGCCAUGUUGGAGGAUGUGGGGCAGCCUGAAACUUCUGAGCUACCCGCUGCUCUUCCAGCAUUUCCUCAGGCAGGUGCCUAUGUGUGAAAAGACACUUCCUCCUAGGUGUCUCCUCCCCACUGAGCAGAAGCCAGGCAUGGGACCCAUUGACGAGAGCCAAGGAAUGUCUGCUGCCUUUGGCAUCUGUUGAGUGCUUCCCUGCAGAGCUGCCACAUAGUUUGCAACUGGGUGGAGACAGAAUAGAUCUGGAGGCAGGAACCUGGCCCAGUGGAGGGUGGCACAUGUCCUUCAGGCACUGAGCACAAGCCUGUAGGGAGAGCCCACUGAGAGAGAGGCAGUUCCAUAGGCCCUGUGCUCUCUGGUUUAGGUGCUUUUCAGCAUUCUCUUGGAUAGGGUUGCCACCGUGGUCUCUGGGAUGUUUUUUUUUUUUUUUUCCAGUAUAUUGUGGAAAAAGAUUGCAUAGUCCACAAUGGUCAGUAUUCCUCGUGGUGCACAUUUGGCUUAUGUGAAUGCUCUGUACAUAUCUUUCAAACUCUGUCUUUGUAUGGAUGUUGACUUGAUACAAUGCUAAUGCUACAGUAGCCACAUUUUUGUUGUUUUUGGACUUGUGUGUGUGUGUGUGUGUGUGUGUGUGUGUGUGUAUACACUUGUGCACAUUGCCUUUUCUCACAUGCUUAUCUGAAACAAUAGCUGGUGUGUGGCUAUACUUGUACCGGGAAGGAGGAUUCCCAUCUGAAGGGAAGACUGUCCCCUCCUGGAGCUGCGCAGCCUGAUGACAGAUCCCUGAGUGAGGAAAGGUGAGAUUUGCUGUUAAAGCCCCCUAAAGUUGCUGUCUUUUGCCCCCCUCCAAAAAGAGGUUUUGAAGAAGACAAAGCAGCUCCAUCCUGGGGGCCUCUGCCUGCUGGGACCCUAACUCACACGCCCUUUGUAUUCAGUGCCCUUGGCCUUGAUUCUGUUCUGUAGGUAUCAGCAGCUGAAGGAAUUCUGAGUGCUCUGGAGUCUUUUGUGUGUGUGUGUGUGUGUGUGUGUGUGUGUGUGUGUGUGUAGAGAUAUAUGACUAUUGACUAGGAAUGAUGGGGCUAGUGAUGUAAAUAUUUUUCAUUAAAAAAGAAAAGGCUUUAAAAUUCCUUGAAAUAUGACUGUCACUCAUAUUUGACUGUCAACCAAAAACUUUCUAACAAGUUUUAAAAUAAGAAUUUCAAUAUUGUCCCUUCCCUGCUGCUCCCUAUCAUCCAGAGUUUUCAAAACAAAAGCACAAGAGAAAGAGUGAAACACACAGGUGUCCAGUGUGGGUGCACAGCAUCAUUACUAUGCCCUGGCUGACAGAAAUGCAACAUAGAGCAACUGGAGGCCAGAGGCCUCCACUUCUACUUGCAAAUCCCACUACCAUUAGUGUGAAUUCCUUAGGGUGCUUUGAAAAACAGGAAUCUGCCUGAUUUGUUUGACAUUGUCUUUUUUUGUAGCCUGACUAUGAGGAAUUCAGGGCAAGAAAGUGUCUGUUAAGGAUUUGGAGCCAGAUGGUUUCUCUCUGGCUGGCUGGAGUUUGAUCUUUUGACAACUAAAUAGCAUCCCACGAGAAGAAGAAAUAAACAGUGCUGCCUCUAGAUUGUUCUUUUAUCCCAGAGAGAUAAUUGAGAGAGACUCUUACUCACCUUUGCUCUGUUUUUUUUUUUUAGGAAUAUAUGCUUGCACUAUGUGUGAUGUGUGUGCCCUCACAUUCAAGAACAAGAUGUAGAGCUGGGCAGCAGAGUUGCUAGUGUAGGGUGCUUUUCAGCUAGAUAAGUAAUGAAGCUCCAUUUCAGGAUUGCACUGAUUCAGAAACAAGCACAUCCUCCCCACUGAACUCUCCUCAUACUAAUUAGUAUAAUUAGCUAAUUUAAAAGUACUGUAAUCAGAUUCCUGCAACUAUGGUACAAGCCCAUUAACUUGAAGCCCACUAAUUCAGAACUUAAAGAAAUUCACAACUUAAGAUAAUUCACGGUCUCUGUGAUUCUUCCUCCAUAGAAGCAUUUGAAAUACUCUUUCCUUUAGUCAAUUUUCAGGGUCAUAUGUGUAAGAGGGAUCUAGUAUAAAAUGAACACCUUUUUCAUAUAAAAAAGGAUCCCUGCACCGUGCCUUCAGCUUUGGUGUUUAGCAAUUCUUAUGCAUAAGGCUUUUUCUGUACUGGACGAUCUCUUCUCUGUCCAUUGUGGGGAUGUUGGGUACUACAGGUUUUCAUUCUACUCCUUUACAUACCCUAGGGAUAAUAUAGUUUGUGAACUGGACUGCAAUUUAAAAUCAUACACUGUGUAUCUUGCUAAAUAUUCUGUAAAGCAGAUGUUUUGCUAUCAGACUGGCCACUCCUAUUAUUUGCCUCCAAAUAUUCAAAUGUAGGGAGCUUUUCUUUUCACAGGCUGUGGGGUAGUGAGACUCUUUUUUCCAAGAAUUUCUCUGACAAAGAUAUCCAAACAGCAUACCCCCUUGGGCUCAAUGUGUCAACAGUUGUUCCACUGUACUGAAACAUCUUCCCAUUGAACAGUGCCUGCCCUUCUCCUGCCCCCAGCCCCAGCAUUAACAAGAUAUUCAAGAUUGGGAGAAAUCCCACAGCUGCUUUUGCCUUCAAAUCCAUCUCCCCUUAUGGGUGCCACUUUCCCAGGCCCGAACACACCUGCUAUUUCACUCUGUGAUUGUGAAUUUGUGAUAGUGGACAAUGAGCUUAUUAGACAUGAUUACUGUGGAAUGGAUUGAUUUUGUUGCCACUUUAAACUGUGUUCAUAUUCAUGUGUUGACCUAUGUCAGCUGGGAAAUCUGUGUAUUCAGUAACAAGUCAGGAUUUCACUGGAGCCUUGGGGCAACAAAUGAGUCUGAUCUCCCACACAUUGUAAUUAUUGAGUUUAGCCGUUAAAUUUUGUCUCUUCCUGCACAAGAGGAUAAUGAAUAACAAUAAAGAGCAAAUGCCAUUUA